AUGUCCGCUCCCGGCAGCAGAACAUUGCUCCAUUCUACCGAUUGCUAUUAUGACCUUCUCGCGACUUUCAUCCGACAGACUCGCCCCCAAACACGAACCAGCCUCCGAGACGUUCAGCAACAGCGCCGGCAUUUCCAUGAUUACUUUGUCACCCAUCUCCCUUCGUCCUCCCUUCAUCCCGACUCGCGUUCUCUGACCGGCCUUGCCCACAAGUUUCCGCGGCAGGCAUCCACUCCGCAUACUCCUGAUGGCAAAUCUGCUCCCGCUACCCAUCCCUCGGUUUCUCGAGACACCACUGUGGUGCGCAUCCCGCUCAAGAGUGCAAAACAUCAUUAUGGCGCCUCGGUCUCCCGAGGUAGCAGACCCUACAAUGAGGAUUCCCAUCAAGCGGGCGUCAUCGAGCUCCCCGCGUUUGCUAAAAAGGCGCCGCAGUCCCUCACCUUGAGCAAAACUCCAGGAGAGGGCACUUCUGCCCAUGGGGCGUCCGGCGAUCCUCAGAUCUUCUAUUUUGGCGUCUUUGACGGACACGGGGGGGCAGCGUGCAGCGAUUUCCUCAGGGAGUCACUGCACGAUUACAUUGAGAAAUCGGCCGAGCUGUUUGAAUUGAGGUCGAGCUUGAAGAAGCUCGAUAGGAAGCGAUGCGGACAGGCGCCGAUAGUUGGGGGACUGGACGGAGACGAAAAGCAGCAAAAAGAGGGCAAAAAGGCACUAGACAUCUUAGAAGUCAACAGUGACGACCGCAAACUAGAUGGGAACGCCCAGUCGGAGGACGGGAGGAAUAAGCCAUACCCGGGUGAUCCUCCUCUCAUCCAGAGCGCCAACAAACAGAAUAUCCGACAGCUGGAGAAGGAGCUGACAAGGAAUUGGAAAGACCUCGUGGGCGGGUACUUUCGCCGUUUCAAGCCUGCCUAUUUUUCCAUCUACAGCGGCUAUCAGAAGUUGGGCGAGGAGUCGGAUCCCAUGAGACAAGCGGGUGAAGACAUCAACUGUGGCGUCGGUAUUGAAGAGGUCAUGACCUAUGCAUUUCUCAAAGCCGAUUACGAUUUCGUGGCGGCUCAAGCAGCAAAGAAUUCUGAAAGCGCGGACAACACGAGAGCCGAAAGGCCACUGAACGAAGGGGACAUUCUGGGUGAACCUAGCAAGGUGGCCGCACACAUCGGCGGACCUAACAGGUUUAGAGGCGGAAGCACUUGCAGCGUGGCCAUGGUGUCGACGCCCUCCCCUACGCCAUUUUGGAAUCCGGCGACCACAUCGACGAUCCUGGUGGCUCACGUUGGAGACACAAGGAUCGUCCUAUGCUCUACAGUGACAGGGGAGGCAGUACCCCUGACCACAAACCAUCAUCCAUCGUCGCCAGUGGAGAGCAACAGACUUAGAAGGUAUGCAGCGUCAUUUGUGACCGACUCUUUUGGCGAGGAACGGAUCUUGGGCCUUGCCAAUACUCGAGCAUUCGGAGACAUCUCUUCGAAGAGGAUCGGCGUCAGCGCAGAACCCGAGAUCAAGAGAGUCGAAUUAGGACCAGCCGAGUAUUCCUUCAUGGUCUUGAUGUCGGACGGCGUGUCUGGCACACUGGAAGACCAGGAAGUCGUGGACAUUGUCAAAGAAGCCAAAACCCCCGAGCAGGCCGCGCGAGACGUGGUCAAUUUCGCUACGGAGGUGACCACCGACGGGGACAAUGCCACUUGCCUUGUAGUAAGGAUGGGUGGAUGGGAGCGGCGACAAGAAGGGGGUAAUGGAAGCCUGGGAACCAAGGAGAUGCGGGACUUUAAGAGACAACAGGCUGCUGAUCCCAGGAGUCGACAGCAAUAG